AUGUCGGAGCUGGGCGUGCUGGCCUCAACGCCAGCCCAGCGCAGCCGCAGCGGGCGCCUGCGCGCUCCGCUGAGCACGCCGCCCGACGGGCCGCUCGACGUCGACUCCUUGAUCUCGGGUGGCAAGUCGGCUGCGAACACGGCCUCGCGCCGUGACUCGGGCGCCACGAUUCUCAACUCAAACUCCGCACACGACAGCCCGCCGAGUUGCGCGCGCUCCCGCCCUUCCUGGGCCGUCCAUGGCGCGAAACACGACCGCUUUGAAUCCAACGAGCCCCCCACGGCGCCCGAGUCCCGGAGGGAGCGUCCAGAGUGGGGCCGCAAGCCCCCUGCUGUGCCACACCGCACUCUGGGCGCGGCGGUUUCGCGCGCGGGCGCUCGCGGGGGCCCAAACCCGUCGCUUUCCAGGCCUUCGAAGCCCUUACGCGCGACCAGCGCCCCGCGGGCGCGCCCCGCUUCGCCUCCGCGCGAGGCGUCGAGCACCUACCAUUGGGAGCCUGUGCCCUGCGGCGGGGAGCCGCCGUGCCCGCGCACGCACGCCGCCGCGGCCGCCGUCGGCACCAUGAUCUACGUUCUCGGCGGGAGCGCCUCGCUGAGCGCGAUGCGCGCCUCGCGCCGCGGGGCACGACCAGUGCCAUCGCGCACCGCUUCGUUCGCUGGCCGCGAGGAGGAGCGCGGCGUCCCGGUGCGCGCUGCCUCCCUGCGGGCCCCAGGGCCGCUCGGUGGCGACCCGGUCAAGGCAGCCGGCAGCAACUGGUGCGACGCGUGCGGGGCGUGGGCCAACGCCGCAGGGCUGUGCGCGGCUUGCAGGGGGGGGCGCGGCGCCGCGGCGCCUCUGCGGGCCGCGUCCGCGCGGAGCCUUGCGUCCAGCGUGCGCAGCACGGCGUCGUCGUCCGCGGCCGUCGGCCCCCCGCUCUCAGAUAUGUACGUGCUGGACGUGCAGGCGCGGCGCUGGUCGCGCGUCGCGGCCAAGGGCGCGCCCCCCGCGGUGUCGCACCACACGCUCACCGCGGUCGGCGACGAGCUGUGGGCCAUAGGCGGGUGGACGGGCCGCCGCCGCACUGCGGACGUGCACGUCUUCGACACGCGCUCGGGCGAGUGGCGCGCCGCGGCGGUGCACGGCGACGUCCCCUGCGGGCUGUCGUCGCACACCGCCACGCCGACGCACGACGGGCGCAUCGUCGUGGUCGGCCGCGAGGGCGGCGUGCGCAUGCAGCGGCGCUGGACGUCGGUCUUCGAGCUGGACACCGCGACGUGCGCGUGGCGCGAGCUGCACGGCAGCCAGGUGGCCUCACGCGCAGGCCACUCCGCGGUGCUGGCAGGGGGGCGUCUCGCGGUCUGGGGCGGGCGCAACGGCCACGUCGUGGACUGGGUUGGCGUCCGCGACGGCCACGGGGCGGACGUGGGGCCGUGCGCGCUCGCGGAGGCCGCGCUGCCGCGCGCGGAGGGCGACGGACCGAUGGCACGGUCCCACCACUGCGCGUGGACGGUCGGACACGGGUGUAUGCUGGUCCACGGCGGCCAGCUGCAAUCCAUCGGCGUGUCCAUCGGCGCGAACGUCGACGGCUCGAUGUGGUUGAUGCGGGCGGCGCGCGGCGCGACGUGGUACGAGGUGCCGGUGACGCCCGGGCGCGACGUGCGCUGCACGGGCCACGCCGGGGCUGUUGCUGGCGGUGCGGUGUACAUGCUGUGCGGGGAGACGUACGAGGGGCUGACGAACGACGUGAUGGUGCUGCGGGAGGGCCCGCCGGCGGCGCGCCGGCCGGCGAAGAGCUCGAGCAUGCGCGCGGAGGCUCCGCGCGGGCACAGGUGGUGA